AUGUUUUAUUUUAGCGAGGCUUUGAUCGUUUCCUGUCUUCUAUGCUUUUUUACGCCUCUGCUAUGUCACCGUGCUGACGGCGAUCCCUGCGAAAGCCUUUUAAACACACCAUUUGAAAUUUGCAAGGAAGCGGGUUAUGAAACGAUGGUUCCGUAUCCGAUAGAUGCCACAGAGGAGAGUAAAGAAGAAUAUGCGCUCGACAUGAAAAAAACUAUCGAGAUAAUGAAGAGUAAAAACUGUGCGGCAAGCGGCCUUGUUGAGGCCAUAGAGUGUUCACUUUUUGCUCCAAAGUGCAAUUCUCUGGGAGAUCCAAUCUUCCCUUGCAGAAGAGUGUGCGCAGAAUACCUAAAACAGUGCAAGAAAGAGUUGCAUUCUUUUGACUUGCAUGAAUUGAUACCGCAUUGUCUUCUACUUCCAAAUGAAACUUCCAGUUGUACCCAGUGCUUUUUUCCUCCGAACUUCACCACAAGCAGCGACCCCGAACCAGGU